CUAUGGUGUAGAAUAGUGUAGAUCAACCAAAGCUCUAGAGUUAGAACUAAUAUUUAUUUUUUUACUAGUCUAAUAACUACAAACUAAUCUAGAUCUAGAUCUAGAUUCUAGAUCUAAUUCUAAUACACAAUACAAUUUUGUGAUGCCUUUGUGUAUUGUCAGUAGUGUGGCAUCAGGAUGAGAUCCACGGAAGAGAAAAUACUGGAAUAUGAAACUUUCCUAAAUGAUAGACUAAAAGAAGAUUUGAGGAAGCUCCUAGAACAACGAGACAAGAUAUAUGAAGAGAUCUCUGAGUAUUGUCAGCUCAAGUCAACUAUAGAGAAAAUACAGGAGGAGAUAACACCUGAAGUAGUAUUAAAAACAAAAGUUGACCUGGGAUGCAACUUUUAUGUCCAAGCAAACGUCUCCAAUCCAUCAAUGAUCUGUGUUGCCAUUGGAUACGGGUUCUUUCUGGAAAUGACAUUUCCUGAGGCAGUGAUGUUCAUUGAUAAGAAAACUGAAAGUUUACAGUCUAGAGUGUCAGAGUUGACACAGGAAGCCUGCAGGGUCAAGGGACACAUCAAGCUGGUCCUUGAGGGUCUCAGAGAGUUGCAGCACAUACCAGGUCACUCAGAGAAACCUUACAGGGAUGUGUUAACUUGACACAGAGAUGUUCUCUUGACACAUGGAUAUCUUGAUCCAGGGAUAUCUUGAUCCAGGGUAUCUUGAUCCAGGGAUAUCUUGAUACAGGGAGUUCUUGAUCCAGGGAGUUCUUGAUCCAGGGAGUUCUUGAUCCAGGGAUACCUUAUCAGAGUAUAUGUUAUCUUGAAGGCCUUCACAUUUUUUUUUGUAAAUAUUAAAGUUCAUGCAAAAAAGUCUAACAU